UCCGAGCAUCGCUUGGCGUGCAGACUUUCCGACUCGCACUGACAAUCCGGGCGGAACGGUUUGGUUGUGGUUGGUGUGUUCGACCGGCCGGCAUUCGAUCAGCUCUGCGUGACCGAUCGAUCGAUCGAAGUUUUCGUCGUAGCGUUCGUGCGUGCGUGCUAGCGCGGUGCCGUGAUCGUGUGCCGUGAGCUUCUCUCGCCUGAAGUGAACCUGGUGUGGAGAAGGAGUGACCUGAGAGUGAUGGCGUCCACCGGAUCGUACCAUCCGGCAACCGGACAGGGAGCAGCAUGGUGGGCACUGGUGUGGAACGGAUGCGUGGUGGUGCUGCUGCUUCUACAGCUAGUGAAGAUCACCGGAGGUCACGUACCGCAGGAAUCCGAUCUACCGGACGAUGGUGCCAAGUACGAGCAUCUGUACAACGGAAGCCAAUCGGUGUACCUGGACGCGGAUCUGAUUACCGUCAGUCGGUUCGAUGAUGAUGAUGAUGACGAUGAUGGUGGGCACCGGCGGCUAGCGGUUGAUGAUGAUGGGAUGCAGGGUGAUGAGCCUGGGCUACCGUUCACCGAGCACUCGUACCAGCACCACCACCACUCGUACCAUCGCCAGCAACAGCAGCAGCAGCAGCAGCACGAACCGCACCACAAGCUCAGCUGCCAGGCGUGCCAGUACCGGAACGUGUACGCCAAGGCGUCGCUCAAGUCCAUCAAGGCGCACUUCCUGAUGAAGCUCGGUAUCGAGCGGACACCGAAUGGGACGGCGUACCCGGAGGUACCGGACGCGAUCAUGGAACGGUACCAGGACAGUUUGCGUCUGAGUAACGCACCGGUCGGCCAGAAGGAGAGCUACGACUACCAGAGUGACGAACCGUACGGUGGCGGUGGUAUGCAGGCGGACGAACCGGACGAACAGGACGAUGAUUACGACUACUAUCAGAUCACGAACAAAAUCUUCAUCCUGCCGAACCAGGGUAUGUAUCCAGCGAACCCAAGCGAAAUCUCAUGCUAAUCUGUUCGCUUCCACUAACGACUGACCGUGCUGGAGUCAUGUUCCGGUCUCUCGCUUUCCAAAAUGCGCUUCUAUUCACAGGAACCGUCCGUCAAACCGUCAUCGACACACCAAACACUCGAAUCACUUAACCGUCGUUGUCUUCGCUAUCCACCUUGAUUUGUGCUAGGCGUUAUUAUUUUGUUACUGGGGAUGCGGGAUUAAAUUUAUUCAAUUUUUAAUGUUUUGCGUUCAAAAUUAUCAAUCUAAUCAAACUCUUUCCAUUGCAGCAUUUUUUGAAAACAUGCGCCACGGCUUGUCUGCGCGUUGAGUUUAGCUAAUGCCAUUCCGUUUCAGGGCAGCUCGCGUUCCCCUUUUCAACACUAAUGUAAUCAAGAUUAAUUCAUUUUCAGCUCCAGGAAAGGGCGGGGGGAUGCGCCAAUGGGACCGGAAUGGUCAUGGGAAUGCAAGCAUUCCAACCAGCCCUUUCAGGUCCAGUUGGGUAGCUUCUCAAGCGCUGACCCGGCAGUGCAACCUUGAGACACCAAUUAAUAUGGAUUAACUUUUUGGGAGGAAGAAAGAGAGAGAGAGAGAGGCAGAGAGAAGGAGAGUGGAAUGAA